GCAUGUAGUGUGGUGAUGGGCGGUCCAGUACCUGACCACAGAGCACCACGUUCGUUACGGGAGCUGAUCGAUACCUUGAAGCAGGGUGACAGCCUAGUGUAUGUUCCCUUGCUGCCUCACUCCAUCAGCAGCACAAUGAGCACGGAUGUACAUCUCCUGGUGCUCUCCAUCCUCCUCGGACUCGCUGUACAAUCGGUAGCCCAGAUGAACGCCCGGUACCGACUGCAGCCUGGUCAAGUGGGCAGUCUGUGCAGUGGCCUGACGCCGGACCAGUGUCGGAAGGACGUGCCAUAUGUCCUGACCCACAGUGUCGUCGAGUGUGCUGUCCGCUGCACCAAACACCCUGGCUGUAAGUCCUUCAGCUUCCAGAUCCGGCCAAACAGCGCCCGACGCACUCAUCGCUGUGAGAUGGCACCGGACAAGGUGCACACCAUCCAGAUUGCUGCCAAAAAUGGCUCGGGUUAUGAAUAUUACAGAAAUGUAUCCUGAAGCAUGCAGCAAUAAAACACCCUGUGGUAUA